AUGGCUGUCUCAUUGGUAAUUGGCAUGUUGGCCGUAAGUGGCCUUGCAUCUGCCUCAUCUCUACCACCAUCUGCCAUCGUUGAUCUUGGUUACUCACAGUAUCAAGGGGUAUCUUUACACAAUGGGGUUGACGAGUUCCUUGGUAUACGAUAUGCAAAAUCACCAGUCAAUGAUUUGCGAUUCAGAGCACCCCAAGAUCCGGAGAGCACGGAUGGAGUUAUAGAUGCCUCCUCGUUUGGACCUGUCUGUAUAGGUGUAGGACAGUCUAUAGAGCCGACCUACGAUGAAGACUGUCUAUUUGUCAAUGUGUGGCGACCAAAUAACGCGUCUACAAACGCGAAACUUCCGGUGUGGAUUUUUAUUCAAGGGGGUGGAUAUGCAGAUCUCGCCAAUGACAACUACAAUGGCAGUCACGUCGUGGAAACAUCUGGAAACGAUAUUGUACAAGUGAACUUCAACUACCGGGUCGGUGCAUUGGGGUUUCUUGCUAGUGAAGACGUCCGCAAGAAUGGAGAUUUGAAUGUUGGCUUACUCGAUCAGCGUAAGCUACUGCAUUGGGUACAGCAAUACAUUCAUAUGUUUGGAGGAAAUCCGGACCAUGUCGUGAUUCAUGGUGACUCUGCUGGAGCUGGAUCCGUGGCACAUCACAUUACGGCAUACGGUGGCCGCGAUAUGAAUCUUUUUGUUGGUGGUAUCGCCGAGUCGAACUUCUGGCCGACCCUGCGCACUGUCGCGGAGAUGGAAUUCCAAUAUACCCGUUUUGCAAAAGAUGUUGGCUGCGAUGAUGCUGAGGAUGUUUUGACAUGCUUACGCGCCGUCAAUAUCUCGGCGAUUAUCGAGUACAAUGUGGAUGAGCCGUUCCCUGGCGGUGGUGGUACCCCUCUGUGGUAUUUUCUUCCUGUCAUAGAUGGCGAAUUACUCACAGAUGGCCUCUAUAACCUUUUCAAUGAGGGAAAAGUGGUUAAGGUCCCAGUGAUGGUAUCCGAUGAUACCAACGAAGGUUCCGCCUUUGCAGUCAACGCGACAAACAUCACCCAAGUGGCUCAAUUCAUAAAGAGCAAUUAUCCUCAUCUUAAUGUAGACCAGCUCGAGACCAUCAACAAGGAGUACCCACUCAUGGCGCCCUUGCCCAAGCACGCGGCCUAUUUCCCCUCCGCAUCUGCAGCAUAUGGUGAAUCGACCUUCACCUGUCCAGGAAACCACAUGUCUUCAUCCAUGGCUCAGUUUGUGUCUUCCACUAAGGUUUGGAAUUAUCGAUGCAACAUUCUUGAUCCAACUGAGAUCGCAGAUGGCUAUGGAGUGCCUCAUGUAUUCGAGCUCCCUGCUGUUUUUGGAAUCGAUAGCACAAAUAGACCAACCGAGUCUUUUGCUACUAUCAACGCUGAUAUGAUUCCCAUAAUCAUGGACUACUAUCUGAGUUUUGUCAAGGCACUUGAUCCAAAUGUGUAUAGAAAUGAGAACGCACCUUUCUGGCAGCCAUGGGGCUCUGGAACUGGGGAGCGUCUGAGAUUACAGACCAACUCCACAGCGAUGGAAGCUGUUCCGCAGGCACAGAUCAAGAGAUGCGAGAUGUGGGAAGAGUUGGCUCCGACGAUGGAGCUGUGA